AUGGAGACUCCCUGUUCACUGUCUGCCAGUUACGAAGGAUCAUUCGCAUAUUACACUGUUAAGGACAGAUUGCCACAAAUUCUAACAAAAGUGAUUGACACUGUGCACCGGAAUAAAAAUAAAUUCUUUGAAGAAUAUGGGGAGGAAGGAGUGGAGGCAGAAAAGAAGGCUAUAUCUUUCUUCUCAAAACUGCGUAAUGAGAUGCAGACAAAUAAGCCCAUUCUUCCAUUGAAUGAUAACUGGCAGGAUAUAGACAUCUGGAACCAAUACCUGGACUACCAAAAGACACUGCUUGAUAACGGUGAAGAUCCAAGCUGGUUCCGAUCUUCAUGGCUAUAUGUGGAGUGUUAUCUCUACCGCAGAAUCCAUGAGGGGAUUUCACUCAGCCCUCCAAUCUCUGAGUUUGAUGUCUUCAGGGAUGUAAAGAAUGAAAGUUUCUUUCAGUCUCAGCAAGCAAUGAUCACCCUCUGCACUCAUCUACAGGAGCUUAAAAAAACCAUUGCAAGCCUGAGCAAAGAACAGCACCGAGAGGAGUUCUAUAGACUACUGCAGGUCUCUUUAUGGGGAAACAAGUGUGACCUUUCUAUUUCUGGGGGUCGGGACAAUUCUCAGAAAAUCAGCAUUCUUUCUUCUCUGGAGUCCCUCAAACCAUUUAUAUUGGUGGAUAAUAUGGAGUCCCUCUGGAACACCCUCACAAAGAAUAAGGAUGUCAGCUCAGAGAAAGCUUUGAAGACCAGAGUUGACAUUGUUCUGGAUAAUGCCGGAUUUGAGCUAGUAACAGACUUCAUUUUAGCUGAUGCCAUUUUGUUUUUUAACCUGGCCACUGAAGUUCAUUUUCAUGGCAAAUGCAUUCCUUGGUUUGUUUCAGACACCACAAAGCAUGACUUUGAUUGGACAAUCCAACAGUCACUAGCAGCCAAUCACAAGUGGAUGUCAAAGUGUGGUCAGACAUGGAAGGAGAAUCUGAAGAAGGGUUCCUGGGUCUAUCAUGAGCAUAUCUUCUGGACUCUGCCGCAUGAGUUUUGGAGCAUGGAGAAAAUCGCUCCAGAUCUGUACACAGAGCUGAAAAAGUCUGAUUUGAUUUUUUUUUAA